AGCUAAGAAGAGCACUAAUUCUGUUGUAUAUUACUUUUUUCCUUGCGUCGUGAUAUGUAUAGACCUACAUUAAACAGCUAGACGGCGGUAUGAUUUUAAAAUGCAAGAUUUAUAGACUUUCCGAGAUUUCUACAUAUGAAUUUACAACUCUCUUUUCGUAUCUAGGUCCAUAACUCAUAAGCGUAACCCACCUUGAACUACCUACUCGGCCUCCCUCCCGACUCUUCCUCGCUCCCGCUCCCGAGUCUCCAAUGGCAACAGCACGCCUCCUCCCACGCCCACCGCGCCUCCUCUCCACCCUACAAACACACCCGCACCCUCCCCGGCGCACCUUCAUCUCCAUCCCCGACCCCACCAAGCCGCAAAUCCUAACCGCCUCGCGCCGUCUCCCCUACGACCACGAGCGCCUCUACGACAUCAUCGCCGACGUCGACUCCUACGUGCGCUUCCUACCACACUGCAAAGUCUCGCGCGUGACGCGCUGGACCGACCCAACACCUCCCUCGUCCUCGCCCUCGUCUCCCGGCAACCCACACCCACACCCCACCACCCGCCGCUGGCCCACCCAAGCCGACCUAACCGCCGGCUGGGGCGCUUUCCAAGAAACCUACACGAGCCGCCUCUUCUGCGUCCCGACCCUCGGCAUCGUCGAAGCCAUAAGCGGCGACGCGCGCACCGAGAUCCCCGCCUCCGAGCUGCGCAGACACGGCCUGGCAGACCCCGGGCCCGACGUCGGGAGCCGGGGCGUAUUCAAGAGCCUGGUAACGCGAUGGACGGUCGUCCCGGCUCUCCGCGACCACCAGCGUGAGCACGGGUGGAGCGACGUCCGCCUCGCGAUAAAGUACCAGUUCGCGAACCCCUUGUACACGGCUGUGAGCUCGGCUGUUGCCGAUAAGGUCGCGGGGGUCAUGGUGGAGGCGUUUGUGCAGCAGGCGCAGCGGGUGUUGAAGGAGACUCGGAAUGAUCCGGGGGUUGUGCGGUGAGGCAUUGGAUCUUUGCUAUGUCCCGAAGCGCGCCUAUUAAUGCGAUGUAAUGAUGCACCAUAUUCCUAUCACUCACAGAAGACCGCGAAUCAGUUCCCUGCUGAGCAACUCCCCCUAUAAGGCCCGCUAGCCUCGACUAAUUUGUCUGUAUGGACACCCUAUCCAUGUACACCAUCUUCAAAUUACACGGCCAAAAUCAUAAUAAAUCUUCACAUCAACUAAAGUCCUAAGAAUACAAUUCUCAAAAUUCAAUUCAAAACUUAUAGUAAC